CGCCGCGUUAGGGUGCGCAUCCAGGCGGCCACAGCGCUCCUCACAACACCUCUCUGCUGCUGGCAUGGACCCGUCGCUCGCGCCCACGCUCGCCCUCGGCGGCGGCGGCGGCGACGACGCGCGCAAGCGCCCAGGCCACCCUGCAGGCCAGGCCGCCUGCCGCGGCGCAAAGGCGCAGAGAACAGACGCCACGAUGGUGGUUGACCCGGACGAGCGCGCGCACGAGUCGACCGAAGCCUUUGGCCAGCUGACGCCGGUCCAGAAGGCCGUCAUCCGCCGCAUGCUGCCGCUGCUCGACACCGAGACAGACUCGGUGGUGAUCACCAACCCGCUGGUCGCAAACACGCCAAUCGUGCACGUGACGCAGGCCUGGCAGGCCAUGUGCGGGUACACGACGCGCCAGGCGUGCGGGCAGAACCCGCGGCUGACGCAGGGCGAGGGCACCUGCAAGGGCACCAUCCAGGCGCUCGGCAACGCGCUCAGCCUGCGGCAGCCGUGCCGCGUGCGGUUGCUGAACUACCGCGGGUACAACCGGGAGCCCUUCUGGAACUGCCUGACGGUGCACCCGGUGUUUCACAAGCGCGAGCUGGUGCUAUACGCGGCGCGACUCCAGGACUACUCCUACCGCCUCAACCGCCUCGUCUCGGUCAGCCCCGUCCAGUUCUGCAAGUCGGACCCGUCGCUCUCGUGCCGCAUCUCCCUCGCAAAGCUCGGGUCGGCGGGCGCUCUGGCGCGGCCGAUGCCGCCCUCGAUCUGCGUCGGGCGGAUAGAGGAGCUCGACUCGGGUGCCGAUGACAGCGUCGCGUCCGACGCCGGAGCCGCGCGUUCCGAGGGGGCGUCGUCGGCCUCUUCCGUCAAUGGGUCCACGUCCUCAUCUGCCGGCGCAGACUCUGAUGUGGACGGCGAGGGGGAGGUGAUCCCGUGCGUUCCGCUGCCGCUGGUGAAGCGGCUCGCGUUCCCGCGCCUGGCGCUCGAGCCCGAGUACUUGCGCGACCGGCUGCAGGACGAGUGCGCCCAGCUCGAUUGGCAGUGCCACACGACGGAGAUCCAGGCGAGCGGACACGAGUUGGUGCGCCUGGAGCUCUUCCAGCAGCGACCGGGCACGGCGGACGUGGGCGUGCGCGCGCUCGUGCACGUGCUGCCCGAGCAAGAGGCGGGCGUCUACUCGCUCCACAUCACGAGGCUGAGUGGCGACACCUUUGCCUACCACGCGCUCUUCCGCCAGCUGCGCCAGCGCCUGCACGACAUCGUCGCGCCACAAGCCGCCUACCCCGUCGCGGCGUGCGGGAUGAGCUAGCGGAUGCCUCGAUUGGGAACGAGGCGCCCACGAGCGAGCGGGUGGGGAGAGCCGAGCUGGCCGCUGGCCGCCGGCCAAUUUUGUGUACUUCGAGCCUCCUCUGAGAGGAGAACAACUGUCGUCCCGCCCCCACUUCCCUACCCCUCCCCUUCGCGUCGGCUGUGCUGCGUUCUGCAGUCAGAGAGUGGGAGUCACGCCAGCUCUGCUGACAUCCGCUCUCAUGUUUGCGCGUCUGGCGAGUGGAGAGACGUCCUGAGAGUGGUCUCGAUGUCAGAGAAUAUGUGCGAGAGAGGGCCCCUGCGCCACGCCGAUGAGGCGUUGGUGAGGGGCAAAAUCUAGAGUAGACGAAUAUUGCUUUCGAAAA